AUGGGUAAGUUUGUGCGGACGUGCACCCACGGGCUCCUCGGCGGCCGGCGCAUGAAUCGCAUGGCAUCCGCCUCGCGCCAUGUCGCGCAUGUCUUUGCCAAGGUCUCCAAACUGCCCCUGAUCAUCAGCUCGAUGAGCUGGGAAGUGAUCUCAGAGGGACUGAAGAGCACGCAGGCGAUGAUGCGGGAUGAUGCUGGGAAGUGCAUUGUCAACGGCAUCUCCAUGGCCAGCAGCGAGCAAGAGUUCGUGCGGGUGGCAGCAGAGUGCAGGCGCUUUGGAGCUGCGAUUGUGGUGCUCGCGAUGUCAAGAGUCGCUUUGACACGUUUCCUCAACCGGCAGCGAUGGCGAGUUCCCGAACUAUCAGAUCAGGAGAAAGUCACCUCAUGCCAGCGCGCCUACCAGCUGCUCCGAUCUAAGCUCGACUUCCUGCCGGAGGACUUCAUCUUUGACUGCCUCGUCACGCCUUUGGGUUCCCAUGGCAACAGAGCUUCCCCGAAGGACUUCAUCGAUGCUGUGGCAGAAGUCAGGCGGACUUGCCCGGGUGUGAGCUUCAUCGCCGGUGUCAGCAACCUGGGUGUUGCCUGCCGAAGUGCCGCAAUGCUGCGCGAAGCCCUGGCCAGCACGCCGCGUCCUCGGUGUGCCGGCACUCUACGUCUGCAGACAGCGCUUUCCAGCUCUGCCGCAAGCUGCAGGUUCCUGCCGCAAGCCGUGUCUGUGGGCCUGAACUUGGCGCUCGUGGAGCUCGGCCGCCUGCCGCGCGUCGACAGCCUGGAGGACAGUGACCAGCUCUGCUACUUGCAGCCAGUGCAGGAAGGGAAGGUGCGACUCGCACAGGAAGCUCAGAAAGCGAAGGCGAAGGUGGUGAACACCUUGCAGCCAAAGGAGAAGUCGGCUUUGGUGCCGGUGAAGCAACGUGCUCCACAGCCUGCCAGACCCAGCCCGCAGUUUACCCAUCCUGUCGAGAUUCUCGUUCAGGCAACGCGCACCGUCAGCGCGUCGGUCUUCCAGACCUUCGGGAGCAAGGCGCAUGCGGCAGCCAACUUCCACAGGCUGGGCGGCCAGAAGCAUAACGUCAUAACGGAGAUCCGUUGCUUGGUUUGUGAGGAGGGUGGGCGGGGGGGUGCUUUCGACUUGCGAGGCUCAGCACGGCCACGACCAUCAACAAAACCGUGUUUUUCUCCUCGAUCUCCGUGUACAUGGGCCAGGGAGGAUCAGGACCGGCUUGAUAAGGCCCAAGUCUGGUCUCGAAGUUUGAAGAUGCUUGAAGAUGGUGGAAGUGCUGAAGCAGUGAAGGACCCGGAACUGUGGGAGAGGCCGCAUCAAGGCAUCAAUCAGUACUCAACCACCGUGCCCUGGGGUGCCAUUGGAGAAAUCGGUCUGCGAAAGGCCAUCUACGGCUCUCGAGACGUCUUCGCUCGACCUGGGACAGAAGCUCAUCGGACCGGCCGACACCUCCUUCCUCGAGAAGCAGGUCUGCUGCAAUCCCUUGACUUGGGACUUCGUUGGCCUGGCCUACCUGGACAACACCUGGCAGCUUCCUGGAUGGACAAUUGA